GCGAUAACCCUUCAUCUGCCAUUCUGAGUUCUGUCAUCACCAACCAGUCAACCAUGCCUCCACGUUCUUCUUCUUCCAGGAAGAAAUCCAACAGACAACUCAAGAAAGCUAAUAAUAAGCAUUUCCCUUCACAACCCAACCACCAUUCUUCGUCUGCUGUUCAAAAUCAAUCCCGAGGCGAGCUUGAUCCGAAUAUCCUCAGAGAACAAAAUGGGCGAAAUGGGAAUUGUCAUGUGAGACCCAAUAAUGAUAAGUGUCAGUCUUCGGUAGUUGAAGAGAAGAAGAAAAGGGGGUUGUCUGUCACUGCAGCUCAUAACGAAAUGGAAGGAUCAGUGGAAGAGACCCGAAAAUUAGUAGAAGAAUCUCAGAGUGAAGAAAAACAGGUGGUUGCUGCUGUUGAAGAAGAGGUCAAAACAGUUGUUGAAUCUGCUGCUGCAAGUGAAGUUGUUGCUGAAACCCAAAAAGCUGAAGAAGAAGAAGAUUCAAAAACUGUGGAACAGAAUCCACUUUUUGAAGCAGAGAAAAUUAAAGAUGCUCAUGAGCUUAUUGUUGAAGAUAUAAAAGAACUAGAAGCAGAAUUGAAGCAGGAAGAGAAGCAGGGGAUAGAUUCUCAAGAGGCUGGGCGGAUUGAUGAGCCUUCUCCAGCUAUAGAGACUGAAACAGUAGUUGAAGCAGCAACUGAAGUUGAUGGAUCAUCAUUCAUUGAAACCAGUGAGGCAUUGAUGAUUAGUAAGUCCUCUGUGCCUCAAACUGAUAUGGCAUCAGGGGCUAUUGAGGAGAAACCAGAAGAAUCUGCAGAAACAACUAUUGUGAUAGCAGAAGAAUCUGGAGAAACACUUCUUGUGAUAUCAGAAGAAACUGAAGAAACACCUAUUGUGAAACCAGAAGAGCCUCUUGUGGUGCCAGAAGAAACUGUAGGAACACCUCUUGUGAAACCAGAAGAAUCUGGAGAAACACCUAUUGUGAAACCAAAAGAAUCUGGAGAAACAAAAUUAGCAGCUGAAGAACAGAAAGUAGAGGAAUCAACAAUUGUCAGAGAAUCAUCAAAAGAAGAAGAAGAAGCUAAAGAAUCGUUGCCACCUUCAGAUGUGGCUGCUGCUGAAACAACUACUACCACAAUGCAGGAAAAGACAGAAAUGCCUGCAAGCACUGAAUCUCAGCAAACCACUGUAAAUCCAGCUCCACGAGAACGCACAUCUUGGACCAGUUGCUGUGGAAUUUUUGACUUUCUAUGCCGAUGAUAGAUCAGAUAAGCAGUGAGCAGAUCAAAUUCAAAAGAAGACACUGAGAACGAUCCAUUGGGUUUGAAGUUAAACUUUUCAGAGGCAAGCUGCUUUGCUGAUGCAAAAUUUUCAGAGGCAGAUUGGGAGGCAUAUUCUUUCAAGUAUGAGAGUGUGUUUUGCUUUGAGGAAAAGAUACAACUAUUCAUUUGACAUUUUCAUUUUACGUUAUGGUGGGUGUGAAUUGUGCUGAACUGAGAUUUAUUACCAUAAAAUAUUUUAUCUGCUAUUGCAUUUUCAUGUUAUGUUCCAUCAUUCUUUUUAUGUUUGGAUUGCAGCUUGCAAUGGAUUGAUUGUUUGUAAUUUAAUCUUAUUCUUGUUUCGUUUCUUGCA